AUGACCGAGAUCACCACCAACCGCGCUUGCGUCUGGGUCGGGCCCAGGAAGCUCGAGGUGCAAGAACGUCCCAUUAAGCCUCUCGGUGACAAUGACGUGCUCGUCAAGGUAAUUUCCACGGGCAUCUGCGGCUCGGACUGCCACAACUGGGAGAGCGCUUCGGUCUCGAAGCAGCUAGUCCUCGGACACGAGUCGUCGGGCGUGAUUGAGCAGGUCGGCCCGGCCGUCAAGGACCGGGUCGUCGGCCAGAGGGUGGCCGUCGAGCCCGGAUUCGCGUGCAUGGAGUGCGAGUUCUGCCUCCGGGGAGAUCCCAACGUCUGCGCCGACCUCAAGUACUGCGGUCUCGAUCCGACCGACGGUACGCUCUGCCAGUUCGCCACGGUCCGGGCGUCCAUGACGGUGCCGAUCCCCGACAAUGUCUCGUGGGAAGAGGCCGGUGCCAUUCAGCCGCUGGCGAUUGCUGUGCAGCUUGGCAGACGCGCCGCUUUGAACUCUCAUCAGACUCUAGCAAUCUUUGGCUGCGGACCUCUUGGCCUUUUGAUCCUCGCUGUAGCCAAGGCCUAUGGAGUUCGAAAAGUUGUCAUGUUUGAUAUCGAGCAGACAAGGGUAGACUUUGCCGUCAAGUACGGUGCAGAUGCCGGAAUCGUCUCGCCAAAGAGAGAUGAGGGUGUUGAAGCACUCGCAUUUGCUCAGGACUAUGCCAAGCAGAUCAUCAAGGAACACGAUGUCGGUAACGGCUUUGAUGUUACUGUGGAAGCUAGUGGCGCUGAAGCGUGCAGCCAAAUGGCAAUUUGCAUGCUGAAGAACGGAGGCACUUGUAUACAAGCAGGACUUGGCAAGCCCCUGACUUCUGUUCCAUUGUUUCUCUUGACGGCUAGGGAACUGAAUAUCAAGGGCACUGUCAGAUACACACCAGGCUGCUUCGCUGAUGCUAUCGAUCUGUUGAGUCGCAAAAAGAUUGAUUUGAAACCUUUGAUCACCUCUACAUACCCCCUAACCAAGUGUGCCGAGGCUUUUGAGGCACAACACGCGCGCAAGGAUAUUAAGAUAGUCAUCAUGAACCAAGAAUAG